AUGUCGAACCUCCCGCCCGCCGCGCCAGGCGCCAAGGAGUCCGGGCUCCGCGUCCCCAGCAACGGCAAGACCAUCUACCACCGGCCCCUGAACCGGUCCAAGACGGCCGAGCUGAGCCAAGCCAGCUUCGCCUACCUGUUUGGCGAAAUGGUCACGUACGCCCAGCGCCGCGUCAAGGGCAUCCAGGAGCUCGAGCAACGGCUCAAUGCCCAAGGGCACCCCGUCGGCCUCAAGCUCCUCGACCUGCUGCUCUACCGCGAGCCCCCGCGCAGCCAGCUGCGGCCGCUGAGCAUCAUCGCCCUCCUGCACUUCAUCAAGCAGAGCGUGUGGCAGCACCUGUUUGCCCGGCAGGCGGACCGGCUGGAGAAGAGCAACGACCCGGACGCGCCGGGCGAGUACAUGAUCAUCGACAACGAGCCCCUCGUCAACCGGUACAUUAGCGUGCCGCGCGAGAUGAGCCAGCUCAACUGCGCGGCGUUUGUGGCCGGCGUGGUCGAGGGCGUGUGCGACGGCGCCGACUUUCCCGCCCGUGUGACGGCGCACACGGUCGCCGAGGGGGACAUGUGGCCCGGCAAGACGGUGUUUCUGGUCAAGUUUCGCGCCGAGGUGGUGGAGCGGGAGGGCUUUCUGGGAGUGAAGAGCUGA